GGAAUAUUUGUUGGUUGAACUAGUUGGCGAAGAACAAGGUAUAGGAGAUGUUAGGAAUCUAGGAAAAAGGAAGCAUGAUGAACAUUUAGUAAAUGAGAAGCCCAAUAAAAGGGGAAGUCGAAAAAGACAUUAG